CAAGCAAUUGAUGAAUGUAACUUGCAAGCAAAGCAAAUUGUUGUGACAAUAUGCGAUUCAUGUGCAGGUUACGGUAAUCCAGUGCCCGUAACGCAGUUUGGUCGAAUGAUGUGCAUCAUAUUCUCGUUGUUUGGCAUACCACUCACUUUGGUCACUAUCGCGGAUAUUGGCAAAUUUUUGAGUGAGAAUUUGAUAUGGAUGUACGGUAAUUAUUUGAAGUUCAAAGAAUACGUUUGCGAGAAACAUCGUCACAAGAAAGCGAGACGCGAACAUGUAUGUGAAAGGAUUCCAGCCAUGUUGGUGUUAACGAUUCUUGUACUGUACACGGCACUUGGUGGAGUGCUCAUGUCACAUCUUGAGCCGUGGAGUUUUUUCACUUCGUUUUAUUGGUCAUUUAUCACGAUGACAACGAUGUUGUUGAAUAAUAUAAAUCAACGAGAAAUUCCAGUAAUUGAAAUGCUCAUUUUUCAAACAAUCUGA